AUGAAUAAAGCCCUCAAUCGCAAACGCUCGCGCCUCGCCCUCGAAUCCGACGAUGAAGUACAGCCGCGCAGGGAACCAUCGCCCGCACUAUCCACACUCAGCGAUACCUUGAAGAGGUCGAAAACGCAAUGCGAGCUAGAUGAAUUGGACAUAACAAAUCCCGAGGAAGCGUGGAAAAUCGACGUGGAUACUCUACUAGCCAGCAACACACUUGCUACUCCAACCACGGGGAGGUGGGAGGCGCGCAACAACCGGGAGAGAUAUAAGAAGGGAGAGUCGAUGUUUGUACUUUGUGUGCAAGGAAAUGUGCAGCUACAUUACGACUUGCUCUGCUCCGCGUUACCAGAUCUCUAUACCCUAUCGCCCUCGCUCCAAGCCUUCGUCCUCUGUCACGACCCCUCGACACACAUUAUCUCAUCGACCGCAUCGUUGUCGCUCCCCAUGAUACAAGCUGUCACACCCUCAAACAAUCAUUUCGUCCGCUUAGGGCUCCUGCAUCCUAUCGGCGGCGGCAAGUUCCCGCUAGAUGCGCUGGUUAUCUUGGACAGGAAGGGCAGGCGGAGACUUGUGCUGCCGUUUGGGUGGGGUGCUGGCAAGCACGCAGAUACACCCGCGGGGCGGAGUAUACAAACAAGGUUGAUGGGUUUGCUGAGGAGUGGUGUCGAGACACUGGAAGCGGAACAAUGA